GCGGAGGAGGGUUUCACAAUAGGCCAUGUACCCGAAUUGCAUCUCCACCGAAUAAAGUAGUACCCUGAGAUAUCAAUAAGGAAGAUGACCAAGCGAGGUUAAGAUCAUAAGGAAUUGUAAAGAUAAGGAUGCAUUGGCAGUCCAUACAAACAACUGACUGAAAAAUGAGCUCAAAUAUUGCUUUUGGUGUUUUGUUCUCCACGGUGGUGUUUGGCAUUCUCAUUCAUAGACACUCUUUGUGGCAAUAUUUAUUGUUUGAAGACAGAGAGGACCAGUCUUCCCCAGUCUUCAAAGGGAAUUCAAGCACUAUUUCUAGAAAUAACUGUCAAAGGACUAAGCGCUCAGUUCAGGAAGAAAUUUGUCCACAGUACUAUAGAGUAACCUUUGAUGCUUUUAUGUACCCAGGAUACAAAGUAGAGGUGUUCUGUGACCAAAAAGUCAAGGGGCGUUGUAUCAGUGUGUGCCAGGAAAGGUUAACACAUUUCAGUGAACCAAGGCGGAAAUUUCUGGGUGCAAAAAUGGUGAAUGGAGUUAUGAAGUACUAUUUUAAAGAGAUGUACGAUGAACUGUUUUCUGCUGCCUGUAUUUGUAUUUAAUAUGCAAAAGUUAGGAUUCUUAAAUAUUGAUAAGGUUUCAUCUCAAAUAAUAUUUGAUGCAAAAUUAUUUAUACCUUUUCAACAAUAAGAUUUAGCAUAACCUCAGAGAGACUUUUGCUUGUCAUAAUUUUUUUGCUAUAUAUUCAAUGAAACUAUUCAUUGUUGCCAAAUUUUGGUCAAGUAACCACAAAGAACCUCACCAUUAAAAGUAGUUCAGAGCUUAAUCAAUACCACUUAUUUUAAUGCUGUUUGUUUUAAAAUUCAGCUACUUGUUUUUGUAUCCAGUGGAGAAGCAGGUUUUUAUAAACAGGGUCUUGGUUUUAAUCAGGAUUUUAUGACAAUUUAUAUUCAGGGAAAUUUCAUUGCCAUGUUAUUUUCAAGGAUUAUUUUUCUGGAGGGAUGAUUUAAGAGUAUAUUUAAAAAGAAGGCCUACCACAACCAUGGUCAGUAGCCAUGAGGAAAGAAAAGUAUCUAGCUCAACAUUGAUUAUGCAACAGAACUCUAUCAGAACAGAGCAGAAAACUCUUGACAGAAAUUUGAAAAGAUAAGUGUAUAGGAAACUUAAUGGUGGGGGAGUAGAAACCUACCAUUCCCUGCAGUUUUUAGCUGAAACUUGCUAUUCCUGUGGUUUAAACCAAAAUUCUGCUUCCCAAAUUUGCUGAUAGAUGCUGCUGACCAGCAAAAACAAGAUGUGACAGGUAUCUUUUACAACAGGUGAAGAAUAUCACAAAUCCUCAAAACUUCAAAACCUCAAAAUUUCCGAUUCUUUGUAUCUUUAUCGAGAAAAUUUGCAUCCAGCAAAUGUGUAGAUUUCUGUAGUUCCAUCAAGAAACUGCUAAACUUUAGCUAACCAAAACAACUUUCCUUCAAACUCCAUGUUCCAUUACAUUUGAUAACCCCCAAUUAGUUGGAGUUGACAACACAUUUUUGUAGCUUUGACAGAUAAUCUUGCUUAUUGCGCUGGGUUGUUGUGCUGUAUCUUAAUCAAGCUUAAUCUGCUAAAAAUAUGUACAUUCUAUAAAAUAAUGCAUGUAUAAUAUUCAAAUUUAUAAUUCACUGUAUACAUAUAAAUUUUUUGAAUGUUGCUCAUUUUAUAUGAUUAUGUCUUCUUACCGCUUGGUAUAUAUGAGAAUUAUCAAGUUGUUAUAACAGUAUUCUUAGAAAAGAUUUUCAGAAUAUUGAUUAUGUUUUGGCAGCACACAAUGUCCUAAUUUUAUUUUAUUAAUUGAAAAAUUAGAUUGAAGAAUGUGAAAACAUUGUCCUCGUUUUUGUCUUUGCAGGCUGCCCAUUUGUUUUUGCAUAUUACAAAUUAUUAUUGCUUAAUCGGCAAAAGUGCAGGACUCCAUAAAUUAAGAAAUCACUCUGGCACAGGGACACCUAUAUAUAAAUCUGGGCCCCUCCAGCAAUAGUUUUCAAUCCCCUUUUAUUAGCUAAUCUAAUAGUGUUGAACCUGCUGAUCAUGAAUUUGUUAUUUUGAAUAUUUAGCACAAUUUUCAGUUACAAAUGCCUGCAUUUUGACAUUUGUAUUGAAUCAAGGAAUUUUCGGUUUUGACAUCACAUUGUAUUUCAGAUCACUUCACCUUAGUGUGCGAAGUUACAUAUCCGUACGUCCGCGAGUCAUAAGAUGCUAGUUAGUAGUUGUAGUGUAUGUCUUCCCCGUCUUAAAAAGUGCGGGAGAAAAUUUCAAUUUAAAAAAGCAUUCCUCGAAGAAGUGUACUGUCAGCAGCAUCAAAGGUUUUUGAAAGAUUAAUGGCUAACCACAAGCAGAUGCAGCUCUUUAUUCAACCAAAUCUUCCCAAUCUUCUAGGUGGAUUUCCGGGUAUUUGUACAACCUGUGUUUUUAACAAGUAUUACUAUAGAGCAGGCUUGUCCAACGCGUGGCCCGCGGGCCACAUGGUGGCCCGUGAUAUUGUCUAAUGUGGCCCGCGCUUGGGUCGAAGUUGAUAAAGAACUGCACUGUAUUUUUUUCAGGUUGUAAGAGAGUAUCAAUAGCUUGCAAGUGCAUAUCACAAAGUUAUAGUCCACCAAAUUGCUUAGCAGUUCUGCCAUAUUUAUCCAGAGAGUUUCCAGAAAGUGAGCCGUUCAUUUGUACCAACUAUUAGGAAAUGAUUACCUCUGUUGAUAUCUAAAUCACAAAGGACAUUACAUCUUUGGCUGGCAUGUCCCCAAUACCCAAAAAAGCCCCUCCCCCGAGUAAAUUGCUAAGGCAUUGAGUAACUUUAUGUACCCUAAAAUAUUGAUAAAUGUCUCUUGCUUAUGGUGCAUUAACGAAUAUUGCAAUUUGGCAUUCAAAAACUGCCUGUCGGUUAUAAAAUUCCCGCCCAUGUUUUUAGGGAAAUCAGAAAAAAACUAGCCUGCGUGCAGACUUUACCUGACUUCUUCCUUUAUUAGCCCUCUUAUUUAAUUUUAAGGCCUAGAAUAAGAGAAUUUUUCCUUACGUAAAUCUACAAUUUUAAAAGAAAAACGGAUUUUUGCUUUUCUGAACAGAUGCCCUUAGUUGUGCUACAAGUAUUUGAUUAUCAAGUGUGGCCUCGUAUAUCAUAUAAACCUCAAAAUAUCAUAUCAACCUCAAUAAAAGCUUUUUCGAUUUUGGGCGAUUUUGAGUAUGUUAUAGAGGAAACAAUUCUGCAUAGGAUGGUGGAAAAUUCGCUUUUCUACAAAUUUUUUCCCGGUUGACCUUAAAUUGAACGCUACACGACCUCACUAGUUUGCUUCUGCUCUUAAGCAUCUUGCCAUUUCCAUGAGACUUCUCCAGCUUCUCUCUGAUUUGCCCUUUUGAAAGAGAGAAUAUGGCAUUGUAGAUGUCGGUUUGAUGUCAUUGUUGAGAAGCACUUGCGUAAAAGCUUGACUGAGAUAUUCUAGAGCAUUAUCACUGUGAAAUUCUUUUACUCUUCCAAUAGGGGCUACAUUUGCUAUAAAAUUCUUUAAAGCAGUAGGUGCUUUAUAUUUCGCAUUACCGUGUUUCCCAUAUUGGAAAAGAUUGUGAUUCUCCAUUAAAACUGAUGCGGGCUCUGGGCCCAUAGCCUGUUAAGAAUUGUUGCCCCGAGAUCAUUCUAAUACUAGAAGACAUUUUGUAAUGAGUUCCAUAUCGUAAUAUCAAAUUCACCGUUUUAUAACUCAACUACACUCAUUUUUUUAUAAGAAACAAAGGUCGAUGUUGAGUACUCCAGUUUAUUAAUGUUCUGGAAAUUUCAAUACUCAUUGUUUCUUAAGAGUUUUUUAAUUAUGAUGUCAAAAAUGAUGUAUGAAAUGUUCGUGUCCUUUUUUAUCACGUCAAGAGAUUCGCUUCCGUUCCGAUCUGAUGUAUUUAGAUGUAUAUUUUUAUCCGUUGUGUCUUAUGUUCUAGGCCAACAGGGCAAUCUUGUUCAUGGAUUUUACAGAAUUUAGUUGUUCUCAGUUUUAUCACAAUUAAAAAGUUUCUUCAUUUUUUGCUUCGAGUACUGAAGUUUCUUAUUUUUUUCUGACUGUUUAGUACUCUUUUCUUAUAGCCAGUUUCUUAUAAAAAUAUUUAGUGUAACUACCAACAGCAAAAGGUGCGAACAUACGUAAACAAGUCUUCGUUAAGAAAUCUAUUGUAUAAAAUAAACAAUGCGGGUUCACACUUUGUGUGAAAAGAACUAUAAAGUGACACUGUUUUGUUGAUUGUAUUAUAGCUAAAGAUUGUAUUCUUAACAGAUAAAAGGCAUGUAAGUGCUGGAACUGAAUUAAAUUCGCGUUCUCUCUGAAUUAAAAUGUUUAGGCAGAGUGGCCAAGCUGGAUCUUAUAACUCUAUCAAUGAUUUCUAUUCUGACUGGCAAGCGACAAAGCUUAAAAUAAAGGAUCGUGUGACUCAUUUGUAUAACAACGAAUUGAUGAGUGAUGUUGUAUUUAUUGUGAAAGAUGACAACAAACUCUCGCCCAGUCGUGUUCCUGCACAUAAAUUUGUUCUGGCGGCAAGCAGUUCUGUGUUCUUUGCCAUGUUUUAUGGGCCAAUGGCUCAGGCUGACAAGGAGAUCGAAAUAGUGGACUGUGAAAAUGCCAACUGUUUGCUUGAACUUUUCAGGUUUAUAUAUACCGACGAUGUUGAACUGAAUUGGGAAAAUUCUUUUAACAUUUUAUACUUGUCAAAGAAGUACAUGAUUCCCUUGUUGAGAAAUCGUUGCUGUGAAUUUUUGGAGAAGACCAUAACGAAGGAAAACGUCUUGGCCGUGUUGCAGCAGUCGUUAAAACUGGGUGAAAAAGGACUUUCAAAAAAAUGUAUCGAAUUCAUCCAGCCAUUAAUAUCAGAAUUGGCGAAAAUGGAGUCAUUCUUGGACCUUGACGUGAAUACACUGGAAAUAAUCUUGAAGGAAGACGUAUUGCAUGUUGCUGAGAUCGAUCUUUUCCUUGCAGUUCUAAAAUGGUGCAAAAGCGAAGCUCUGAGAAGGGAAAUGGCAGAAGGGCCCGAAUCCUGGAAAGAGGUUCUCGGGGAUGCUAUCUAUCUUAUCAGGUUUCCUUGUAUGACAAGCCAAGAAUUUGCCACUCACUGUAUAUUUUCUGGACUCUUAACUUUGAACCAAAUUCGCGAUUUAUCGUACGUGACAAGCUUACCUGACGGAAUCCACCCAGUUGAUAUCAUCGAACGGAUUCCAUUUGCAUUUAACAAGCGGAUCAUGUCCUUAAACCGACUUUGCCAGGGUAAAACGGUUGAAACAUGGAAUUAUGGGGACAGCCCAGACGCGCUUGAUUUCACCGUAACUAAAGAGGUUUGUAUAUGUGGAAUCAGCCUAUUUGGUGAGCCGGCCCUGCAAAGUCUUGAGGUUUCCAUUAAGACUGGAAAAGAAAUUGUCAAGCCCGAGAUAUCCGCUGGCUUGCCUGAUUCCGGACCAACCGAAGGAUCAUAUCGUGUUAUGUUUAGUCAACCGGUUCGCAUUUUGCCAUUCAAAGUCCACACAUUGGUGGUAUUGAUCAAGGGCCCCGAUUCUAAGGGUGCGAACUAUAAAAGAUCUAGCUGGUGCCAUGAUGUUAAAUUCAAUUUUAAGUCCAGCGACGAAUCCAGGACUGGCACUAGCGCUACUUAUGGACAGUUCCCUGAGUUUCUCUUCACGAUCAUCAGCUAAUUAGCAAGUCUUGGCGAAAUAAUCCCCUUCAAAAGAAUUAAUUUUUGUGGAUGGUUGUACUUUCUUCACAGCUUUACCUUCGGAAAUUUAAAUAUAAUCAAACGUGUAGUAAUAUGAGGGGGGAUGAGGGGCUAAACAUGCUCAAAAUCAAGAGCAGGGCGAUUUUUGCAUGGUUUUAAGCACAUUUUGGAAAUUAUUUGGGGGGCCAAGCACAAAUUCUUUGCAGGAAAUUGUUCUUGUUUGCAAGGAAAUUUUUAAUCACUUUACACAAACAUUUCUGAAGAUGAGGGUAUCAAAGCUUCUCUCAAUGCCAUCAAAAAUCAUUAUGGGGAAAUUACCUGCUGCAUAUAAAAUACAGCAAAUGGCUAUUUUUCUUAAACACAAUUAUAUUGCCACUCUCUUUUUUUAUAAGAACAAAUUUAUAAAAACACGAGCCUAAAAACUGGUCAAAAGUUAAGAGCAAAUUAAGAGCAAGCUGAGGCUGAGCUACUGUAAAAUGUAAUUUUGAACAAUGUUUCAUCUAAAAAACGAGGAGUUUUUUGCCAUCUAGGGGUGCUUCUCCGGUGAACUUUCAAACUUGCGGCAAUUAAAGAAAGUCUUCAUGUCUUACGCAUUUUGUUGACAAAUGAGGCUAGAGCGCAAUAGCUAGCAAUUGCACUGCUUACACCCUAAUAAUUUAAAACAAUUUAAGAACGAUCCAGUCCAGCCUUAGAUUUUCGAAAAGUAAGAACAACCAGCCUGAACUUCAAUUUUCUGGCUCUCAUAGAAAAGAGCGUUGUGGUUAACUUUAUUAACAUCCCUUAAUUAAAGCACUGCAGUGGGGAGACCCUUUGCCCCAAUUUAUGCCGAAAUAUUCAUGACAACAAUAAAACAACAUAUCUUGAGCAAUGCCCUGAUGGGGCG